UGUGAAAAGGAGGUCCAGCUUGGAGCAAUUCCUCAGCGACAGUUCUUGUCAACAAUCAAGGAGGCCAAAAGCAUUCGCAAGGCAUGAGUUCGCAAUAAACUGCGUGCGAACAACGACAUACAAUAUUCUUUGGCAUUCAUGCCCGUUGAUGCUGCGACUGUCUUCCAUCUUCGUGAUCUUCGGAGUCGCACUUCUGGCAAUCGGCAUUACCUUUCUGCAUUCGAGUCGCAUUCAUAGGGACAUUGUCUUUCGCGCUGGGGUUGCUUUUUCGGUACUUACGGCGGCUUUCCUUACGCUCCUAUUACCACUGAGUUAUAUCGCGAAGAAAGAGCAGAAGAAGAAUCCGUGUUGGGUGCAUGAAAGAACGUCGGCGCGGGAACAAUUGCGACGGCGAGGCAGUCUGUAAGAAGGAUGGGUCAAAAAUUGUGAGGAUCUUCUGGCCGGCUGGUGCAUGUAGGAAGCAUGACGUAGGCCUCUUGGUGGGAUGGCGUGUAUCGGACUUGGAUGUAUUUGUCUUGGCGGUUUUGCCUGAGGUAAACCAUACACGACUAGCAACAGCCCUUCGUGAUGGUCUCCUCUUCUCCCAGCACGACUUCUCCAAACUACAGGACCUCUGCGGUGGACACCCACUCAGCAUUCUGGGCUCCUUGAACGACGACAUACCUCGAAAAAACGCAUACACCGGCAAAGGAGCAUGGAUAGUUGGUGUUACCCACGAUGACAACCUCGUCCCAGAAUUCACGCUCGCCGACCCGACAAUGUCAGCUACAGCACAAGUUAUUUUGUUUGACCCUCCGAACCCUCACGGCAUGCAUUUCUACUCAUUGCAACCCACUCCUCUCGAUUUUGGCGGAUUGGACGCACAUGAAGGCCGGGAUCGUAAGCAACAACUGGAGCGACAACAACGGAGAGACAUGGUCCUGAAGAAACUGGCAGAGCAUACACCCACCCGUCGUCUACAAUCUCAACCAAAAGACCUGAUCCAAAUGCAUAUCAACAAGAUCAACUGUUCCUACGAACUCGGCACUGUACUCCACGAGAACGCAAAGCGAAUCGGAAUGCAAGCACGGAGGAAACGGACAUUGAGUGUUGGUGAGAGAGUUAGGGAGUCUGCGGAGACGUUGCAGGCGAGUGCGUGGGAAGGUUUCGUGUUGGCAAUGGUGUGGAUGUUUCGGUGGGUUAUGCCUUAUGUGUUCCUGUUUACGCGAGGGAUUGUGAUGCUUGAGCGAUUGCUCAUAGAGGCACUACUCCACUUCGUCGAGUGGCAGCCUUUUCCGAAUCAUCCGCCGUUGAAGGAUCUGCUUGGGUCAGCACAACAGGCGCAUAUCCGCAUGCAGCAGGCCUGUCAAUGGCCCGUUCAGUGCCUCGCUCUUCGAGACCGGAAGAAGGACUGGGCGAGUAUGACCACGAACCAUAUGGAGUAUAUCAGAUUCUACAACAGUCUCUGGCUUGUCGGAAAUGAUGCCAUCAUCGGUGCCGUCAUCGCUAGUUAUCUUACGGAGAACGCGGACGAGGUCGCGUCACUGAUUGAGCGAGUGUCGAGGGUGUACACAAUCGAGAGCCUGCAUCGCAUGAUUCUGUGGUUGAUGGAUUGGCCGGCCGGUCUGAAACUCAAUAACGAGUUGGCGGCUUUCCUGGGUGAUCUUUUCAUCUAUCUCAUCAACUUCUGGGCAGUAUGUAUGGGUGAGCUACGGCCAUACCUGCCGUUUAUCGUCCGUUUCGUCGGAUAUUCAGGUUUUGUCGGCGCGUCCAUGGCAAUUUCGCUCUCCUCCGAUCUCCUCACUUUGUUGACGCUCCAUAUCUCCUCGUUUUACAUUGCAUCAGCGCGGAUUUACAACUGGCAACUCACGAUUUUAGUCUCACUAUUCCAUCUCUUUCGGGGCAAAAAGCAUAACGUCCUCCGCGAACGUAUCGAUUCGUGCGACUAUGAUCUCGAUCAGCUACUACUCGGGACUAUCUUGUUCACGUUACUGAGUUUCUUGUUCCCGACCGUGUUGGUGUUCUACGCGACGUUCGCCGUUUGUCAUAUGGGAAUUGUUAUGCUCAAGGCAUUAUCAGAGACGUUGUUGGCGUGUCUCAACCACUUCCCGCUGUUUCCUUUGAUGCUCCGUAUCAAAGAUCCGAAAAGAUUGCCGGGUGGCAUACGAUUUGAAUUGUAUACGGGUCCGAGAAGAGGAGGGAGCACAAACGAGAAGGAGAUCGUUACGAGUUACGUGGCAUUGCGGUCCACACCACUGCCGUUGAAGAACAUAUUUCGACAGUACCUGCGAUUGGCAAGGAGGUUGCGAGCACAUUACUUGAAUCCGGGGGUGUUUGUGUCGUUAGCGAUUGGGCGACCUGUGCCACUCAUACCCAGGAGUCAGUUGGCAGGUUCAGAAGAAAGACGCAUAAGUGUGGAAGAAUUAUGGAAGAAGCUGGAGGCAAGACGUCGUGCAUCAUAG